AGCAGAUGGUGAAUGGUGGCUUACCUAGAGUUCCAGGAGCUAGUUUGUGUCCACGCUGCAAGGAAAGGGACUCAAGUAGAGGAGCACACGCCAAGAAGGCUGAUGCAACAGGAGACUGAACAGAACGCCAGUGCCGACUGUGAUUUAUAGACUGAGACCGUAGCUGAACCUACGCAGGACGUGACAUCAUGGUACGGACACGCCUGAGCGUAGCUGCUGUUCUGCUGCUGGUCUGUGUGGAGUGUCUUCAUGGUUCUGCCCUUCCUGCCGUCUCAUCCUAUGAGUUCACCGCUUACAGGAUGCAACAGUACAACCUGGGACAACACAAGCAUGGUUGCCGUGGAGCUAUUGUUGUGGCCGAGGCCCGUUCAGCCGAUGAGCCGGUGCUGACCCGCCGCUGUGUCAUCAUGAAGGUUCCAGACUUCACCACAGAAAAAUACCUGGAAGCCCAGAGACAAAAUGCUGCUGCUAUACUGAUCCUCCUGCCCAAAAACAUCUCCAGUAUUCCCCAUGAUGCUGUGCAGUCCUUUAUGGUGAGUGAAAGUGAGGCCUUACUCAAGGAGACGCUCAUGCCUGUUUAUGUGGUGCCUGAAGAUGAACAGCUGCUUUACAUGUAUGAAGAAGUCAAACAGGCUGCAGCCUCACGAACCUCCUCUAUAUUUAUCCGAGUGCUUCGAAGUAUGGUCACCGCAACAGCCUUCCAGAUCUUAGUGAGCAACAAUUCCCCAAUUAAGGCCAUCACUGACAACACUUUAGUCACACUGGAGGGGGUGCUUCCUGGGACAGGGGAGGAUGUGCCCACUAUUGUCAUCACUGCCCACUAUGAUUCCUACGGCCUGGCUCCGUGGCUGUCAUAUGGAGCAGACUCUAACGGCAGCGGGGUCAUCAUCCUACUUGAGUUGGCACGUCUUUUUCAGAAGCUUUACAGUAGCCCAAGAACCAGACCACCAUAUCAUUUAAUGUUCUCCCUGACUGGAGGUGGCAAAUACAACUUCCUUGGCACAAAGCGGUGGAUUGAAGAGAAUUUGGACCAUGCUGAGUCCAGCCUGCUUCACGACAACGUUGCAUUUGUUUUGUGUUUGGACACACUGGGCAACACUGAUGAGCUGUACAUGCACGUGUCCCGUCCUCCUAAACCAGACACUCCCAUGCAGGCUUUCAUUCAGCAGCUAGAGGAGGUGGUUUCCUCCAGGUUUCCUUGGGUGAAGUUAGGAAUGGUCCAUAAGAAGAUCAAUCUUGUGGAAUCCACAGUAGCCUGGGAACAUGAGCGCUACAGUCUGCGCAGGAUCCCAGGAUUCACUCUGUCUCAUCUAGAGGACCCAAAGUCUGAGCUCCGUGGAUCUGUACUAGACUCCAUGUCACAAGUGGACUUCAGGAAGCUGAAACGUAAUGGCCUCAUCAUAGCUGAAGCACUGGCACGAUAUAUGUUCAAUCUGACUGAUAAGGGUUCACCAAAAGAUGUGCAGGUUUUCAAAGGCCAAAUGGACUUCCAGGACAGUCGUAUGUCCAGCCUGAUGUCCUUCCUGACGUCCGUUCCUCGGGCCACACAACUGCUGGAUAAGGAGCCCGGUCAGAUCCUACUGGUCAACUCACUGGAGCAUGAAUUUAAGCGCUACCUACAGCAAGUCAACAGACACGACUUCAAACAGGACAAGAGGGACCCUGAUAUGACCUUUUUUGAUCAAAUGAACCAGCCAGUAGUGAUGUACAGAGUGAAGCCUGCUGCCUUCGAUCUCUUCCUCGGCGGAUGCAUUGCUGCCUAUCUGGGGAUUGUUUACUAUGCUAUUCAGAAUUUCGGCUAUCUCUACACAAAACUGAAAGCUGCAGUGAAAUCCAAGAACCAGUGAAGAAGACAGUGACUACUGAGCCUACGACAAGGUCUUUGAAGUCUGCACAUACAGUACGCUUCAGUGGCUGCUCAGAAGAUGAAAGUCAUGCAACAAGGGGUUUUUUUUUCAGCCUGAUCAUUCACACACUGUGCAUUUGCUUGGGAAUGUAUUUUGUUUUAAAGACCAUUAUUCUUUUCAUUAUACACACGUCUGAUGUACUUUCAACUAUUUCUUACUAUUUGUUUGAUAAAGAGUAAAAAAAAAAAAAGUACAAUAUAAAAUAAAUGGUGAGUGUUUUUUCUUGAAGUGAAGUAGGACGAACAAGCCACAGCUCAGAUUUGGUUGUGAUUUGAGCUCCGUGAAGGGCGUCCUUGCUGCAUCAUUACUAUGAUUCCCCAUGUCCUCGCUCUGCAUCUGUUGACAUGGAUUUGACUGGGCUUAACAUGGCUGUCAAACAAGGCUCGGCCAUCGCAGAGAGAUGAACAGCCAGUUCCUGUCACAGAUAACUCACUGAGUGUAGUGGAGACACAAAGGCACCCUACUGAGCUUGGUGAAUUAUUGAUGCUCAUGUGACAUGUUGACAGUGAAUAGAGGUGACCCUGAAGGCUGCUGGGAGAUUCUUAGAAAAUCCCAUCUUUCCCUUGGUUAGUAUCAGUUCUGUGGAUCUGAUAAGACUACUGUGUGGUGGUUAAACAGCCAGCGGAGCUUAAUGUUUUAGAUCAGUGUUGGCUAGUUUGCAAAGGCCCCUGGGGGGAAGUAGGUCAUGGACGGUGACCCUCGGUAUUUAUGCCUCUGCAGGGGGCUUUUGUAGGAUUAGCGGCUGGGUGCUCAGGUAGCACAAUGAGUCGUUCCUGUUCAGUAAAGAUGCUCUUGAGCUGGCUCUAUGUCUAGCACAUUAUUCAUCACAAUAAUUACAGUUUAUGCAAAACACACACAUUUACGCUGUUUUUCUGGAUCCACACUUAAUACCUUCACAACUACUAAUAAAUGGAGGAGGAGAAAUACAAAGAUGAGGUAAAUAAAGGUACACAGUAAAAUGUAUAUUCACAAGAAAAACUAUUUAAUAUAUAUAUAUUUCAGAAUAAAACUUAGUGGAUGUUGAAGUGGAAAUUAUAGAACAAGAGGUGCACAUAAGUGAGUCAAAGGGAGGAGCCAACAGGUGACAGGGGAGGAGAGGGAUGUUAUUGAGGUCCAGGCAUACAGCAAAGCAGCAGUGCAAAAUAAGUGAAGUGGAAGUGAAGAUGGCUCCUCAGCUCUACAUCACUGUGUACAAAGAGCAGUUUUCCUCUCCGGGCAGAGCAAAACGAGCACAGCUUCGACCCACUUCUGCCCACCGCAGAAACAACCCCCAGCCACGGCCGGACUUUCUUUUUCCUCUGAGUCUGAAGUCUAACUACAGGUCGUCACCACACAUAACACCACGGCCCGCACCUCCUGUGGACUCUGGCCGCCCUCUUUUCCCCCCUGUUAGGCAUUUGUCAUUCCAUAGUCCAGUUACAACUUGUCCAAACAACUUCAUCAACACUGUGGACAAAGGCAAACCACAACACAUGCCCUCUAUACACACAUCCUCAGUACCGACUCUGCCCUCUGCUGACAAACUGCUAAAACUACAGCAGCCGGAGCCUCCUGCCGACUCUGGUUUUCAGCCUCAUACAUCUUUGAAGAACCCAGCUAGGCAAAUCUCAGGUACUGAACUUCGUGCAAGACCCCAAAGCAGUAACUUUCCUGCAGCACUGCACCACUUUCCACGAGCACAACCCCGAAGAACCCGUUCUAAUACUUCCCUAGACUAUAGUGGAUGCUGCAGCUGCUUCCAUGUGGUGAAACCCUCCCAAGCUGGACACUACGUUAUACACCCGGAGUUUGUAUCUGAAUGCCUUUAUUAGGACUAUUAGAGGAUUGGCCUCUGAAGUGGGGACUAAGAACCUUCAGGGGUCCCUGAGGAGGCAGCAGGGGUUCACCCUGAAAAUGAGGUGUUGUUAACAUAACUAUUGUUUAAUUCCCAACUAAUUAACCCAGUGAGGCAAGAUGUAAGAAUGAAUAAUGUAUCCUGCUCUCUCUCCACUAUUAUCUUCCACAUUCUGGAUGCUAUAAUUCAAUACUAGCAUGUAUCAGCAGAAACACUUCUCCCAUAAGGGGCUAAUAGUGACUCACACGGGGUUCUUAUGAGUAUCUGUCGAUGGCACAAAAUGUUACCUGCUAAUAAAGACAUUUUUCACAUGUGAUAUGGUUAUCUUUUUUAUGAUAAAACAGUACUGCAAAUAAAAACUUUCCCAGGAGUGGGCCUAUUACAGAAUUUUUCAAGUGAUUAUCACAGGUAAUGAAAAAAUAUAUUUCUGGUGAUAACAAGCAGGUGUAAAAUAUACCACCAGUG